AUGCUGCAGGCAGGCCUCUUCGCCCGAUCUUGCUCGCACGUCUCUGCACCGGUCCCGCCCGCAGCCUCCUUCAGGUCCUCAACCCCGGUUCCCCGCCAGCCCCUUUCCAAGAGCAUCAGGAGAUGCUUGGGGCGAUCCACGUGUGUCAGGAGGCUGGCUCCCUUCGAUCGGAGGGGGCCGGACCAGCUGACCUCAGCGAUCCACCUCUCUAGCAGGCCUAACUCUAGGCCACCCCCUACCCCCGGGACGUCCCUGGCGGGGGCUCCCGAGACCAAAACCGCUGGCACUCACUGUCCCCGCAGCUCGGCCGUGGACGGGAGGGGCUUCUUCGCCGGCCCGGCCCGCGGCGGCGGCGCCCAGGUCUGCGGUUCACGCAACGGCUUCAGCGGGGGCAGCGAACCGCGCUGGAGCCAGCGGCGGCCCGGCGCCGAGCCGAACCCCCGGCCGGGACGGGCAGAGCUGCGGGGCGGGCCGCGGCGGCGGGGCGGGGCGGGCGGCCGCGCGCUCGCUCGGGCGCCGCUAUUGGGGCGAACAUGCUCGGCGGCCGGCAGUCCGGCGAUGCUCUGGAGGGCGGCGCGCCCGCCGCUCAGUCCCGCCCUGCUGGGCCCGGAUGCGGGUGAUACGGCUGCCCCAGCCCGCCCGCCCGCGACGCGCGCCCGUUGCUAG